UCUUGGCUUUAACAUGGGUAAUGAAAAUAGCAACCCAGAAAAUAAGGAUCUUCCUCCAGUUUCUCUUCCAGAAUCAGACCAGCCAACUGGUAAUGAGAAAGAAAUAAAAAAGAAAAAACAGAGGAAAAGGAGUGCAAACAGAGCAAGAGGACAGGACAACUUGGAUCCCUCAGCUGUAGAUUCUGCUGUUUUAUCAGCUCUGCCAGAUGACAUCUCUACCAUUGCUGUACAAGAUACAAGCACUAUUCCUGAGCACUGUCAGUCUCUCCUUGCUGCACCUGAGAAGGACGCUAUAAUAGUAGCUGCCAAAGACAUCUCAGAUGAGGCGAGGGAUACCACCAGAGUAGAAAGUUCUUCCGUCCCUGCUGAUGUCAUAAAAUCGGUGCCUGCUGUGGAUCAUUCUAAGGAGCCACUAGCUACUACUGUCUCUGAUGGACAUGUUUCUGCUCUGUAUUCUGUUGAGCUGACUGAAUCAAGUAUUUCCAAGCCUGGUGGUUGCCAAGAGAUUGAUCAAGCCGUCACAUCUUUCCCUGACCAAAGAUCUUUGACUUCAGAACCAGUUACUGAUGUGGAACUACCCGCUCAAGAAAGUGGGAGUCUGAUAGAGAAAAGGAAGAGGAGUUCAGAUUCUGAAGAAGCUUUUGAAACACCAGAAUCUACAACUCCUGUAAAGGCUGCACCUCCACUGCUACAAACAUCGCCAGAGGUUCAAGCGUUUGAUGUAGAAGAACAGGAAAUAAGGCCUCAACUUCCACCUGAGGAUACAGGUUUUUGUUUUGACACAGUAUCAAUAACUGAAGUUUCUCAUAGUGAAUCAAUUGAAGAAAGUCCAUUCCACCCUCCUUCUCAUUCAUUUUCUACUGUUUUUGAUGAAGACAAGCCCAUUGCUAGCAGUGGGACUUACAACUUGGACUUUGAUAGCAUUGAGGUUGUAGCUGCUUUGCAAGCUGUAGAUUCCAGCUCUCUGGACUCAGGAAGCUGUGACUCAAAGGCACAUGUUCGGAGAAAAUCAACAGACUCUGUUCCAAUUUCCAGAUCUACGUUGUCUCGCUCCCUUAGCUUGCAAGCUGGUGAUUUUGAUGGAGCAUCUUUUCUUGGUAACAACGAGACAGUGGGUUCAGCAACAGAUACAUUUGGUACUGGUUCGAGCAGCGCUUCAAGUACUCUCAAACGAACAAAGAAGCCUCGUCCAGCUUCCUUAAAGAAAAAGCAGCUUGCAAAAAAAUCUUUAGAAGUUCCCCCAGUGAAAGAACCGGGGCCAUCUGAAAUCAAGCAGGAAUCUGCUGCCCCAAGUGGGGAACAGGCAUCGGGAGAGAUAGUGGAACCUAUUGAACCUGAAUGCACUGAGACUUGCCAAAGUACUGAGACACAGGAGGUCCCUUCUGCUCUUGAAGCAGCCCAUCCUUUUGACCCGAAUAAUUCUGAAGAAAUAACUGUAUUUAGUGCUGGAGACAUCAAAGUGCAGAACUCUCCUCCGGUGGGCAAGAAAGCCCUUGCUCUUUCACCUGCACCAGAGGACGUGGAGGUGACUCCCUCCGACACCGGGGGACAAGAAGAUCCGCCAGUUAAAGCCUUGGCGGUUAGGCUGGAAUUUGAUUAUUCCGAAGAAAAAGGCAGUGGAGAAGAACAACAAGAAAGUGUUUCUCUGCCCAAGAAAGCGGGCAAGAAGCCUGGUGCCAAAAUGCCACUCAGGAGGCCAAAGCCUAAAAAGCCUGUGGAGAAACUUGACAAUGCUCCGCCCACUCCACCCAAGGCACCCGGUGAUCCAAACGACAUUCCUAUCCCCAAAGGCUCUUACACUUUUGAUAUUGACAAAUGGGACGAUCCCAAUUUCAAUCCGUUUUCUUCCACUUCCAAAAUGCAAGAGUCGCCUAAACUGCCUCAACAAACUGCAGCGACGUACGGUUUCACUCCAGAUACUUGUGAAGACUCCAUUGACCCUUUCAAGUCUUCCUCAAAGGUAGCUAGCUCUCCCACAAAAUCUCCAGCCUCCUUUGAGAUCCCAGCUAAUGCCAAUGACAUCAAUGGGGUGGAAGGCGAUUGUGUCAACAAACCAGCCAAAAAGAAGAAGACGCCACUUAAGACGAUGGUUGAAGAUGUGAUGUCUGUAUGUUCUCUUUUUGAUACUUUUAGGGUGAAAAAGUCACCAAAAAGAUCUCCACUGUCUGAUCCACCUUCUCAGGAGACCAUGUCGCUGCCCACUGCCGAAACUCCCUCCAUUGUAUCCACUGUGGUUCAUGCAACAGAUGAGGAGAAACUUGCAUCUUCCGUAGGCAGUCAGAAGUGGACUUGUAUGACGGUGGACUUAGAUCCAGAUAAACAGGAUUACCCUCAACCAUCAGAUCUGUCAACUUUUGUAAAUGAAACCAAGUUCAGCUCCCCUACAGAAGAACUGGAAUAUGGCAACUCGUAUGAAAUAGAAUAUAUGGAGAAGAUAGGCUCCUCUAUCAUUCAGGAUGAUGAUGCUCAGACAAAGCAGUCUUUGUACCUCAUGUUUGAUGCACAGCAGGAGAGUCCGGUCAAGUCUCCUCCAGUCCGAUUAUCAGAUUCUACAACUCCUUGUUCUGGGUCAAGCUUUGAAGAAGCAGAAGUCCAGGUGUCAUCUGGAAUAAAAUUACAACACCCAGCUUCACGAUCCCUGGCAUCGAGCCAAGAGGCACAAAUACAGUCAUCUGACAAAUCAAAAGGAAAUGAGUUGGAGCCCAUGACCUUAGGAAUCAAUUCAAACAGCAUUGACAUAACCCCACCUGAGGACUCCUUUCUCUCUGCUGAUGCUCUUCUCAAUAGGAUAUCUCAUCCACCUUCAGUGUGUGAUCAGCUUCAGUAUCUAGAGCCUGACUUAGCUGAAAAGAAUCCCCCAAUAUUUGCUCAGAAACUUCAGGAAGAAUUAGAGUUUGCUGCGAUGAGGAUAGAAGCUCUGAAGCUAGCCAGACAAAUUACUCUGUCUUCUCUCAGCUCCUUAGAUACUGAGAGAGAGCCUGCAGUGCUAUCGGAUGUCUCCAUCUCUAAAAGUGCGCUUUACUCCAGGAUAAGCAUCUCAGAGGCAGAAAGUACCUCUGGUUUGCUUUACCAGCAGCAAGACUUGGAUUCUGCACUGAGAGUUGCCAGGGAAGAGGUUGUAACUAAGGAAAGAGAAGUAUCGGAAUGGAAAGAUAAAUAUGAAGAGAGCAGGAGGGAAGUAAUAGAAAUGAGGAAAAUUGUUUCAGAAUAUGAGAAGACGAUCGCUCAGAUGAUCGAGGAUGAGCAGAGAGAAAAGUCUAUGUCCCAUCACACAGUUCAACAACUAGUUAUGGAAAAAGAGCAAGCGUUAUCAGACCUGAAUUCAGUGGAAAAAUCUUUAGCAGAUCUUUUCAGAAGAUAUGAGAAAAUGAAAGAAGUUCUUGAAGGAUUUAGGAAGAAUGAAGAAGUAUUAAAGAAAUGUGCACAGGAAUACUUAUCACGAGUGAAAAAAGAGGAACAAAGAUACCAAGCCCUGAAAAUUCAUGCAGAGGAAAAACUGGACAGAGCCAAUGCUGAAAUUGCACAAGUCCGCGGCAAGGCCCAGCAAGAACAAGCAGCUUACCAGGCCAGUCUCCGUAAAGAGCAGCUGAAGGUGGAUGCGUUGGAAAGAACACUGGAACAAAAGAAUAAAGAAAUAGAAGAAUUGACAAAGAUUUGUGAUGAACUGAUUGCCAAAAUGGGGAAAAGCUAACUUAACCAAAAUCAUGGAUUUCAACCUUGAGUGCAAUAUGACCAUUGGCACACUGAUGUCUACACAUUGAUGUGGACGGGAUCUAUUUUCACGUUUUUGUAUGCACUACUGUAUUUUUUUCUUUUCUUAAAAAUAUUGAUUUGAUUGUAUGCAGUACUAAGAAGACUAUCAGAAUUCCUUGCUAUUGUUUGCAAUUUUUUUCCUAGUAUAAUUCAUAGCAAGUUGAUCUCAAAAGUUCCUGUAUCAGGGAGAUUUGUCAAGGUCUUUAAUAAAUUACAAGUUGCCCAUCCAAGCCUUCCCUUUGUACAUGAGUUCCCAUGUUGGAUGUCUUUUUUUGGAUUUAAUAUAAACGUGUAUUACUUGCAUGGGGACUCUUGCCUUAAGGUGUGUAAAUUUAAUCUGCAUUUGCUGAUUUGUAAAAUAAAAUGAAGACUUGAAAAAGUAA